GGGCUUUCAGCCCAUUCUUCAAUAAAUAAAUAUACAAAAAGGGAAAAAUACAAUUUGAUGUUCAAGUAAGAAACAGGAGUAAGAGAAACCGGCGACUUUGCAGUGAAAGGUCUCUUUUUUAUGGGAGUAUGCUGAAACUAGUUUCUGAAAUGUUGUGCGCUCGAGGUCAGAAGUUGAGGCCUUUUCUAUGUGCACAAGUUAGUGGCUUUCAUACUUCAAAGCCUGGUUUAGCACCUAGAAGCUUUUUCGGGGUGGAAGAUUUUGUUGAUGAUGACAAUAGCCGUCCAUAUACUUAUCAGAAGGGGAAAAAAUCGAAGAACCCAAACAAGCAUGUUUCUUUCAAGCAACGGACUGUAGCUUACAUGGAACCGUUCACACUUGAUGUUUUCAUAUCAAAGCGCUUUGUUUCAGCCUCAAUCACCCAUAGAGUUACAUGCAAACAGGUUGCAGUAGCUGGUACAAACUCCAAAGAUAUCAAGGCAGUGCUUAAAUCACGAAGUGAUAUUCCUGCAUGCUUGUCUGUCGGACAGAUAUUGUCCGACAGGGCAAGAGAGGCUGAUGUAUACACUGCUUCUUAUACACCUAGGGAUAGGGACAAAUUCGAAGGGAAAAUUAGAGCAGUUGUUCAGUCCCUCAUUGAUAAUGGUAUCGACAUCAAAGUUUAUCUUGACUGAAAAAAGAGAAGACCAAGCAGUUGUGAAGCCUUGACCUGGAUUGGAUAUAUGUAUGGCCUAACAUAGAGUUGAGGAACCUAUAAUACAGGCUUUGGAUGCUCCAAUAUUGCUGCGUAUACCUGGACAGUAUUCAUUUUACGUUUCCAUCUUCUGUUCCGCUGCAUCAUCAGAAGCUCCAAGGACCAAACACAGCUAGAAAGCAACAUCAGGGGCUCACUAGUGCAUCCCCCAUAUACAUAACUACUAAUACAUCUGUACAACUUGUUCUACGACUGUUGAACUCGUUUUGGAAGGAUGAGAUGUGGGUUUACACAUUUCUGUUUCUUUUAUUGACAAAAAAUGUUACUUUAGGUUAUAAGUAUCAUGUAAAGAUUGUGAGAAAGAAUGUAAAUUUAAUUAGGAAGAAUGGACUGUACACUCUAUAGCACUUGACUCAAGCUUAUAAUCAAAAUGAGCCCAUUUUU